AUGAGAAGAAGAGAAAAAGAUGAGGUCAGCAUGCUCUCUGGUCCUCCCCCACGGCUAGCCCCGGAGCAGGGUUCCGUCCCGCCCAGCUCUCCUGUCAACACAAGCCCAACUCAGCAGCUCUGGCCCAGGCAUCUGUCAGCCCACACAGUCCCCUGUGAGCUGGGGUGUUUUGUUUCUCCCCCUCCCCCCAACCGCUUAUGUGGCGUUCUCUUCUUCUGUGUUUGCAGGUGUUAUGUUGAUGACAAAGUCUCCAAGGUGGCCUGGCUCAAUCGAUCCAACAUUAUUUUUGCUGGUGAGGACAAGUGGUCCCUGGACCCCAGAGUAGACCUGGUGACUAAAGGGCAACUGGAGUACAGCCUACGCAUACAAAAGGUGGAUGUGUAUGAUGAAGGCUCAUAUACCUGCUCCAUACAAACCAAGCAGCAGCCUAAGACCUCACAGGUGUACCUCAUCGUACAAGUUCCAGCUACAAUCUACAAGGUGUCAGAAGACAUCAUUGUAAAUGAGGGCAGCAACGUGACACUCAGCUGUUUGGCAAGUGGCAGGCCGGACCCUCUAAUCACCUGGCGGCUGCUCAACCCCUCAGCCGAGCCGCUGGAUGGAGAGGAGUACCUGGACAUUAUAGGCAUCAUGAGAAACCAAGCAGGUCGUUAUGAAUGCAAAGCCAGCAACGAUGUCGCCACGCCUGAUGUCAAAUAUGUCAACGUUGUUGUCAACUAUCCUCCGUCAAUAAGGAAAACCCAGAGCUCAGAGCCUCCAGUGGGCCGCCUGGGAACCCUGCAGUGUGAGGCCGCCGCCGUGCCCACACCGGAGUUUGAAUGGUACAGAGACGACAAAAGGCUGUCUAAUACUCAAGGCAUCAAUAUCCAGAUUCUUGGCGGUAACACUGUCCUCAUGAUUGCCAAUGUCACUGAAGAAGAUUACGGGAACUACACCUGUGUGGCCUCAAACCGUCUGGGUGCUCAGAGUGCCAGCGUUUUCCUCUAUAGACCUGGGACGGGUCGAGACAUCAACGGCUCUGCCUGUGCAUCUCUAUCACUGUGGCUCCUGUUGGCCUCCUUCGCCUGCCUUUUCUUCAAGUGUUAAUACCGUCAUCCAGCUCUCUCGCUGACCCUCCCCCCCCGCCGCCCGCUUUCCUGUUACUCCCGCUCUUCAACUCAAUGACAUCCUUUUCGCUACCUUAUUACCAACGCUGCCGCCUCCCUCCCGCAGACUGUUUGCAUCACAGUACAAAAACCUUACGUGCUCUUGAGCACGGCUUAGAGAUGUUAUGAGAAGCGAUGAGUUAUGGUGGAGUAAGAUGUUUUACCGACAAAUAAAAACAGUGGAAUGAAGGACAAAACAAGCAAACAGUGCUCUUACAAAGAUUUGUGAUGUUGUUUUUAAUUUGUAUGCACUAUUUUGUGUCUGUAACAUCUUGUUUUUGGGUCUGGAUUUGGAUCCCCCCACACACCACCCUUUAUUUUUCAUGGGGAUAAAAGCAGAAGGAUCCCAAAAACUGGGAUGCCAACAAUCAGCUCUUUUGAGUACAUCUAAGAUCUAUUAUGUUAUUGUGUGUUUAAGUGUUUAACCCAUACAUUUAAUAGCUAGAUGCAAAAUGUCUGCCAAAUAUACACAGAUAUUUGAAGCUAAAGUGCGAAACUCAAAGGGAAGAAAACUAAUGUAUCUGAUUUUUUUUUUUUUUGACGAAAUGAGAUUUUGGUGUUGAAUGUGUUCAACCAUGACAUGUGGCGACUCAGCUGGAACAGAGACGCAGAGCCUUAGCAGGACAGCUCUUCACUCAGUAACAUUUGGGCUACGGCAGUCAAUCUUAGAGAGGAGGAUGCAGUGAGCGGAUCCCUCCGAGCUAAACCAUCCUUUACGUCCUCAUCCAGUGGCUUUGCUACUACCCGCCUUUAUUAAAAAAGAAAAAGAAGGACUGACAGAAAAAAAAAAAGAUACCCAUGUAGGUUAUAAUUAUGCGUACUGUAAAUAGUUCAAUUUUGUAUCUCUCUAAGACAAGUUCUGCCACUGUAACACCAGGAUUUCAGAGAACGCUGUUGCAGCGUGUACUUUUAGCUGAGGUAUUUUAGGAUCAUUCUGCUAGACAGUGGACAUUUGGAGAAAAAAAUAAUAUAUAUAUAUAUAUAUAUAUACAUAUGACACCAAUGAAUGACUUUUAAGUUUUUCUCUUUCUCGGAGUGUUUGUUUUACUAUGACAUGGUACAGAAAUAUUCAUGAGGAUAUAUGAUGCUCAUGCUAUUUUUUUUUCCAUCUUUGUCUCAUUCGUUUUUACAGCACACUUCAACCAAAAUACCUUAUGUACAAUACCAACCACGCUUAUUGGCGCCUCUGGUAAAGAUGAAUAAACUGCCUUAAAAUAAAUUUAUUCUAGCAACUUGAUCUCACAAAUAAUAACACUGAGUAUGUUUAUUCAGAGUGGACAAAAGUACCAUGUUAAGAAAAUUGUUUCUUUUCACUACAAGACCGGUGGCCCACAUGUUGGUACAACUUUGUAGAACCCCAUUUUUCCAGUACGAUAAGUAAAACUUAACCUCUUAUAAAAAGAUUACCAGGAUGGACUGGGCUGGCUAUGGAAGAAGUUUUUGAAGUUUAUGCUGGUAGGACAGACACUUUUUUUCUGGAAACCAGUUGACAUGGCAUAAAUAACUACUGCUGUAGAGAUUCUGUGUCUCUAAGACGCCCGUCUUUCCUACAGUUUUCCCACCAGUUACCUCUGAAGAAUUUUUUUUUUUUUAUAGCACGAUAUUAAAAACCAAAAAACAUGUUAAGGUGUUUAAUUUGCUUAUGUUUAAAACAGCUAAGCAACAACUACAUCUGCUGCUGCGGAAACAACGCAACUAAAUUCAACGUAUUAAGUAUUUCCAAAAAUGCUGUCUUGUAAUUGUGCCCUUUCUUUAGUCAGCUGACUGGCAGUGUGCAGCAAAAGGGCGAGGAGGAGCAGCACUGUGCUACUUCACUCUCUGUCUCGUGAAACUCCAGACUCUUUGGGUUAAACAUAGAACCAUUUAAUGGUUUUGAGACACUAUUUUUUUUAAGCUUUGUAUACCAAUAACCAGGAAGUUAUUGAUUAUGAUUAAGACAUUUCUAUAAUUUCCUAAUAUGAAUGCUAAAGUAAACCUUAAAAAAAAAAAAAACCUUCAGUCACAUUUAUUUUGCAGGAAUUUCUAAGAGUGUUGACGAUCUUAUUAUCAAUAAUUAUUUCUUAAAAUAGUAUUUUUCUCCACUGAAUGAACUCAAAUGCUAAAUAUUUUAGUGAGACAAAAAUGAUCCUGGAAUAAAGGAUGAAUUUAUUUAAAGGCAACACCUUUAGCGCUGGUGCACUGUAUAAAAAGAGAAAUCCGAUGUUUCAUUAUAGGAUAGGAUCUUAUUGAGGCUUGUAGGUCUCUUAAACUGACAGGCGUACAGUUUCGAUAGAAGCCCAUUGGAUGGGAAUAUAAUAAGGCAAAGUUAUGCAUUAAAAGCAGAUAGUUCUGUGCCGUUGUCAUUGUACUUAUUCUUGAGUUGACUUUUUUUUUUUUUUUUUUUUUAAGAAUGCAGUAUUAUGGUUAACUUGCAAUGCUCAUUCAAAUGCCUGGACUUCAGCACGAGAACAGAAUAUUAACAAGACACUGGACAUGACUCCUCUCAAUCGCCAGCAAAAAGUGAUUAAAUUUAACGGCAGCAAAUCACCAAGGCCUUUGCUAAAGCUGUCACACGAUUUAUUUCUGCAGGAACUACAUGUCUGUGGGUUGUUCUUUACUCACCCAUAGAGGUGCAGUUGUGUGGCUCAGUGAACCUGCUGCACUAUUAGCUGCCUUUUUUUUUUUUUUUACCAUUUUCUUUAACCCUACUGUAAAAGCUGCAAUCCUUUGCUUAGCUCAACACUACCAAUUCUCGGUCAUCUGGAAACAAACAUUUAAUUAUUGUCAUUUUCACCAUGUAUUUAAAGACUCGCUUCAGUGUUUCCAUGGUGAUUGCCUCUGAGGUUGCAGCGGGCUGUGGUAGUGAUGUUGAACUUAAAAUCUAGUAUGCUUUUUACUUGAAGUGCUGUUUUGGUCACACCAAAUCCAAUAUCACAUUUCUGACUCUUGGAGGUGUUAAGGACUCUGCUUAUUUUAUGCUUUCACCUUCUUGCACAUUUUUUUUAAAUUUGUUUUUGUUUAUAUAUAUAUACCUGGUGUGUUUUAUUUCUUUGCAGCAUACAAUAGGCACGGCAUUAGGCACAGCAAUAUAAUUUAGUUUUUGUGGAAUAGAUCUUAGCAGGUCAGUUUACCUGAGAGAAAUGUUGAUUCCUCCUCCUCCGUCUCUUCUGACUUUUUAUUUAAAAUAAGGGCAGAAGAGAGCAUGGCUGACCUGAAGCAGAUGACCACAUGUAGACUCUUUUUUUUUUUUUCUUUUUGCUUCCUGGCUUUUUUCAUCACUUAAGUUGAGGGGACUAAGACAGACAACCAAUGUGUUAAACUUCUAACUGCCUCAAGCCUUCAUUUUAGCAUUUGUAUGCAUGAUCUGUGCUUAAAAGCAAAACCUUUAAGGGAACUCUGAUUAAUGGAUUUUAAGUUGAUUUAUAGACUCUCUUUGUACCAUCCAGGCUGUUCAAGUGCAUGAGGCUAAGCUCAGCGGUGUGGGUGCCCAAGCACAUUCAUGCAGGUUAAAACCAGCUAAAUAGCACUGACUUACAGCGCCUUGCAAAUGUAUUCAUACCCUUUGAACUUCUACACACUUUGUAGCCAUAAACUCUGAUGCGUUUCAUUAGAAUUUUAUGUGGCGUAUAAUUUCGGUAUAAAAUGAAAAUGACACAUGGUUUUCAAAAACAUUUUGAUAAAUGUAGCAUAUAAUUUGUAUUCAGCCUACCCACCUCUCCAGUCCCCCGUACACAGGAAUGUCCUCUUAUUCUAAACUGGAUCGUCAUUUAUAAAAACACACAUUUUCAUAAAUGUUAUUAUCCAUUUGUAAAUGCAGAGCAGUUGUUUUUACUAAGUGGUGCUCAAUGUUGAGUAUGAAAUAUAUAAGGCCUCCAUACAAGAUUAGGGGUAAACACAACAUGGAAAAACAUAGCAAGCAACAAAACACAAGUGGAGGCGUUUGUAGAACUUUUUGCAGUUGCUGCAAACUUUUAAUGAAGUUCUGCACUACCACCAACAUGUAAUCUGCCAUUGUUGUUAUGCAUAAUCCAUACGGCAUGUGAAGUUGAGCUAAUACAUCAGCAUUGUCACAAAAGAUGCAUUUUUGCCAUCCAAAUUAAUAUGUUGGGGCUAAAAUUUAACUCUUUAACCUGUUUUUUUAAUAAACAAAAAAGCAUUUUCUGUUUACCUUUGUUUUGAAAAGCGGUCCAAAACAUCUCUUUAGCUGCAAUUACAGCUUUAAGGCUUUAGGGAUACAUCUCUACUAGCUUGUAGUAAUUAUUUCAACUAAAACUGUUUUCCCCAUUCUUGCAAAAUCACCAAAGCACAGUCAGUUUGGUUUGAGGACCCAUUAACUCUAUUCAGCAUCACCGUCGUAGUUAUAGAAAAACAUCUCUGCUGUGUUUUGCUCUGUGGGAGAAGAGUUUGCACCAUUAGUUUUCAUGGUGAAAAAGUUGCAUUUUUGGUCUCAUGUGAACAGAGCACGCUCUGUUCUUCUGUAGUUCUUCUGACUUUCAUGUAACAACACCUUACUUCCUGCCCCUUUUCUAUCAAGGCCAUUUUUUUUUAGUGUCCAUAACUCAUAGUUGUCCUGUUAAAAUAUCCUCCAUCCUUUGCUGUUCAUCUUUGUAGCUCCUUUACUAACCUUGGGUCUCUUGACUACUUCCCUGAUUAAUGCUUUCUCUAUCCGACUUGUCAGCGUAAACGGACAGUCGUGUAAUAAUAGGUUUGCAGUUGUGCCUUACUCUUUCCAUUUUGGAUGGUGGAGCUAAAAACGUGUCUGAAGAUUGAGAUACUAUUUUGUUGAACAGCUGUAUUUAUACCAAGAAUAAAUCGCACGCAGUAGGCUGUAGCUUUUGAUUAGGACAUGUUUCAACAGGCUACGUAUCAUUUUCUUUCAACUCUACAAAUAUCCACUUUUAAAGUCUGUGGUUGUAAUGCAACACAAUGUUAAACAUUUUAAUGGGUGUGAUUACUUUUGCAAGGCACUGAAUGUAUUCAGACCACACAUGUAAAAGCCAUGAAGUUCUGUCUUAUCUGUAAAGCAGAGGAGGAGAUCUGUCUUUCCAUGUGUAACGCAUCCUAACGGCCAGUCUAAGAACACAGCACUAACCCAACAUCUGCUGAAAGCUACAGGCACAGCUACAUAGUUUACUACUGCGCAUUGUCUCGCCCCUCUGCUUCACUGUAGUAAGCUGGCUCUUGUUAAGUGGUGUGUGCGUUCAUGACGAUUAACAUUGACUGAAGUUGUAAAUGUGAGGCAUGAGAUAUAUGAGGAGUACACCAGUUAGUUGAUGGUUGCUGUGGUAACCCUCUUUUUCUUUAGUUUUAGGUCCUACCAUCUUUUUCUUCCUCUUGUCUGUAUAUACAAAAUUAUGUUUCUACAUUAGAAUGUUGUAAAGUCACCAGUUCCUUAAAAAGAUCUCAUUCAUACAACUCCUACCUUUUGAAAAUGUAAACUGUUUGUACUUCCCCCAUACUUCCCCUCAGUCAUGGGAAAAUUAACAUUCAGUCGUGGACUAUGAUGCCGAAAUGUUUCUUUCUUCUUUUUUUUUCUUCAGUUUUGCUUUACUUUAAUAUUGCAUAAGGUAAUUCCAGUCCAUUUCUAAAAAAAAAAAUAAAAAUAAAAUGAUACGUAUUAAAGGUAAACUGUAUGAGAAAAUGUUAACAAAAUAAAGUUGUUUGAAGUCAGUGUUCUGUAUUUGAAUGUGACUUGAAAUGUUGGGGCAAGUAUCGCUUUUUCUUCUAAGGGGGGGGAACUCCGAACACACAGCAUCUCAAUGGUACUGAUGUGUUAAUCAUCAUGUAAGAUGCAAAUAAAAAUAAUGUAUGUAU